AAUUAUGUCGUCAUGGUCACGCCAGUCAUUUGCAGACCGGAUCACUGACAGUCGUCUGCAGGGCUCUGUCACUGACUAGACCGCCGGGACUCUCAUUUAUCAUUUAGUUGAACUUAAAUUUUUCAAUAACAAAAACGUUAGAAAUUCCAGUAACGAUGUCUGGCAGCUUUAAACAUGUUACCCAUUGUAUAUUUGACAUGGAUGGACUUCUUCUCGAGACAUUGCACACAGAUACAGAGAAGCUAUAUACUGAAGCAUUUAAUCGAGUCACUAAUCCACAUGGAAAAACAUUCACGUGGGAGCAUAAGGCCCGAACUAUGGGUUUCCAAACCAGUGAAGUCUCGAAAUGGGUUGUUGAGAAUUUGGAAUUGCCGCUAACCCCAAAGGAAUUUGAAGGACAGCUUCUCGUACUAUAUGAAGAACUAUUUCCCCAGGCUAAUUUUUUACCAGGUGCUGAGAGACUUUUGCGUCACUUGGUUGAAAACAACGUUCCAAUUGCACUGGCAACAAGUUCUAGCAAGGACAGUUUUGAACUAAAAACAAAGAAAUUGAUGGAUGUUUUCAAUUUGUUUCAUCACAGAGUCCUUGGCGGUUCUGAUCCUGACGUAAAAAAGGGAAAACCUAGUCCCGAUAUAUUUUUGGUAGCAGCUAGUCGGUUUCCUGACAAUCCAGAUCCUUUGAAGUGUCUUGUCUUCGAAGAUGCUCCGAAUGGGGUGGAGGCGGCUCUUUCUGCAGGAAUGCAAGUGGUAAUGGUGCCAGAUCCAAGUCUCCCUAAAAGUUUCACGGAAAAAGCAACCACAGUACUGGACAGUCUUCUGGAUUUCAAGCCUGAAGAGUUUGGACUUCCACCCUUUAAAAACUAGAGCCCGUUAAACAAAAUGAAAAGAGAUAUUUAGAAAAAAUCGGAUUAAUAUUGCCACUAAAUUUGGUUACCAAUAUAACAAAUAUUCCUUUUAUUUUGUAAUAAAUCUCUGACACAUAUUAUUUUUUCAAUUCUGAAAAGUUGAUGUAUGUUUAAUAGAUGAAUGUGUAAAUAAAGAAAAUUUACUUGGGAAAGUAC